AUGGAUCAUGGUGCGUACAUUACCACCAUACAAUCCAACUUUCACAACAUCAUUUCACAAAUAACUGUACUGAUUGAAAGAAACAACCAGCAUUUGCUGAUCUGUGGAGCAGAUUCAAAAAUUAUUUCAACCGUUGUUGAGCUCAUAGAUGCAUAUGCGAUUAGUGUUGGUAGAGAUACUAUUCAUGUUCAUUCUGCAUCGCACAAGGAUCAGAAUCCACAGGGAAAGGUUUUUUUCAUUCGCAUUGCACAGUGCAUAACCACAUCAAUACAAUCGCUGAUAUAUUAUUACCUAAGUAAAUCAAGAACAUCAGAAUGCUGCUUAAUACUCAUCUCAAACUCAUGUACAUCACUGGAUGCAUUCGAAAAACGCGUAAAGUCAAGAUUUAAUCACAAGAUCUUUUUCAUUGGAUUCAUCAGUCUCGAAUCAUACGCAUAUCUGUACUUCAAUGCAAUAGGAAAACACAUUUCAUCCACCAAAGAUCUAACAGAUCACGAAAAGGCACUUGUAAACAGAUUGUACAGCAUAGACCCAGGAAUAACUACACUUGAGAAAAAUAUCAUCACUCACAAAUACAACAUUCCUGAGUACUCAAUUGAAACUCUCUACAGUCUUUUCGACUCCGUUCACAUCGCACUCAUUACAAUCGCUACAAAAAAACGAAUAAAAUACAUCAACUGCGUUUCAGAGUUCAAAGCAUUUACUUCAGGUAUCAAAGAGUUGAAGAAAAUCGAUCCAAUGGAAGUCAUUUGCAGCUUCUUGGAUCUAAUAAACUCAGGCAUCAUAGGCAUAGAGGGAGAUCUGCUGAUUGAUGUAAACUGCUUCAAAAGAUACGUCAUUAAUAAUAGACAGGUCCAUCUCAAGACCCUGUUGCAUAAAAACAUUCCAUAA